AUGGCGUUCGCGCUGCCGCGCAAGUCGCGGGGGGAUCGUGCCAUGCCCUCGCCGGGGCCGAGCACCCUCGACCGCGCGCACGAGCUAAAGUCGGUCCUGGACGCGUCGAGCUACCGGCCGUCCCAGCCCGUGCCCUCGUCGACACCACACGUGGGGCGCCGGCCCCAGGCGUUUGCGCAGGACGUCUCGACCUCCCUCACGCCGUCGACGCCCCGGCGCGCCCUCCGCCCCUACGGCGAAUUCCCCGCGCCAAACUGGUCGGCGAGCCGCCAGAGCGCCUCGUCCACAGGGGCAACGACGCCCGUGCGCUCGCGCCGGGCGCCCGCGCCCAUGACCAUCCUCGACGACGACGACGCGGACCGCGAUGCACCGACCGCCUCGUUUGCGCGCGACUAUGUCGAGGCGCCCUCUUCACGCCAGCCAUUCGCACCGACGAGGCCGCCGGCCGCCGCACGCGCUGCCUCCCCGCCCAAGCCGAUGCUCGCCCAGGCGCCGCUCUCGCCCGUGAGCUCUACCGACGACCCGCUGCUCUUGAACGAGCCGGCGCGCCUGGACCUGUCGAUGCAGGCCGCGCAGGGCGACGCAAGCCUGCUCGCCAUGGUGCGCCGCUUUGAACGGGAAGACUUGGGCUUGACGUCCACCACAGCGACGCCACGCAAGCGGCCCCUCUCGUCGUGGCGCGACGAUACGCCGCGCCGCACGCGGCCUUCGUCCACCCUGACACCGCACCGCACCGAUGCACGCACACGCACUCGUCGGCCCGCGGAUGGCGCAUCGACACCGAGCCUCUACGAUCGGUCGCUGGGCGUCUCGGAGCGCCUUGCGCGGCUGCGCUCUCCCGACAAGGCGCGCCAUUCGCCCAUGCCACCUGAGGCAUCGGCGCACUCGCCCGCACCGACAUGGGCGCCUGAUUGGGAGCCGUCCAUGUCGAGAACGAUGGAGCUGGACGAGGCGCCGGCCCUGGACGUGCCUGAGAUGGGGCCGAUCCCCGAGGCAGAGGCAGAGCCCGAGGACUUGGCAUGGGCGUCGAGGCGACCGGAAGACGAGACGCCAUGGGACCCCGCAUGGCAGCCUGGGCACGAGUUGGCGGAAGAUGUACAGGCUGAGGAUUGGCGAGAGGUGGAACGGCAGGAUGCCGAGCGAGCCGAGCAAGCCGAGGCUGAACGAGAGGCGCAGCGACUCGAGGCCGAGCGAGCUGAGGCCGAGCGAGCUGAGGCCGAGCAAGCCGAGGCUGAACGACUUGAAGCUGAACGACUUGAGGCUGAACGGCUUGAAGCUGAACGGCUUGAAGCUGAAAGACUUGAGGCUGAACGACUUGAGGCUGAACGACUUGAGGCUGAACGACGUGAGGCUGAACGACGUGAGGCUGAACGACGUGAGGCUGAACGACGUGAGGCUGAGCGACGUGAAGCUGCACGGCUUGAAGCUGAACGGCUUGAAGCUGAACGGCUUGAAGCUGAAAGACUUGAGGCUGAACGACUUGAGGCUGAACGACGUGAGGCUGAGCGACGUGAAGCUGCACGACUUGAAACUGAAAGACGCAAGGCUGAACAGCUUAAAGUCCAGCGGCGAGAGGCCGAACAACGUGAAGCUGAACGACGCGAGGCUGAAAGACGCGAGGCUGAAAGACGUGAAACUGAACGACUUGACGCCCAGCGGCGGGAGGCUGAACGGCGGGAGGCCGAACGGCGCGAGGCUGAACGGCGGGAGGCUGAACGACGCGAGAUUGAACGACGCGAGGCUGAACGGCGGGAGGCUGAACGACGCGAGAUUGAACGACGCGAGGCUGAACAAGCCGAGGCCGAACGACUUGAGGCUGAAAGACUUGAGGCAGAACAAGCCGAGGCCGAACGACUCGAAGCAGAGCGUCGCGAGGCCGAGCGAGCCGACGCAGAACCAUUCGAAUUCGAACGACUCGAGGCCGAGAAGGCUGACGCGGAACAAAGCUCAACACAAGCACUUUUGGAGCCUGCUCGCGCCCACUCGCGCCCCAAGCCUUCUCGCCCACGCAGCCGCAGUCGACUGCCUACGCCCUCUACGUCCUACUCGGCGCAUGCAUGGUUCGAGCGUCCCGCGCCCACAACACGCCAAUCCAACUCGGCGCCCCGGCGCCGCCCCCGUCCAUCGCAGGAGCCCGUGUACAUGGACUUUGAGCAUGCCAUGGACGAGGGCCCUGCGCUUCCCACCUCGCCAUCGCCGCGCCGCACGGCCAAGGACGAGGCACUCUAUGAUACCAGCUGGUUCGAGCGGGCAGGCCCCUCGCACGAGACCUCUUAUACCACACGCACACGCACUCCGCCGCCAGAGUCACUACCCUGGCCUCCCUCGACCUCGGCGGCAGCGCAGAUCGAGCACGAGACCCCGACGGACGAGCUCGCUAGUGACGGGGCGGACGGGCAGCUGGAUGCCCCCGUGCCGGCCACGGCGCCCGGUGAUACGGCAUGGCUCGAUGCGCCGACCGAGGACGCGGCGCCUGCCGUCUCGGGACCCGCCGAGCUAGACUCAGACGAUAUGGUCGACGAGGCGCUGGAAGAGACGCUCGAGGGCAUCGAAGCACUGGAAGACGAGCUGCGUCACAUGGCGAACGACGAUGUGCCUUGGCCGCGGCCAGAGGCGUCGUCCGAGGCGCGAGACACGCCGCUCCAUCUUGAUGAGCUUCAGAUGGAAGAGGCGCCGCCCGCGCCGACGAGCCCUGCGCCCCGGGCGCGCACGCCUGUCCCCCAUGCCGUAUCGCUCGAAGGCGCGCGUGCGCGGCGCACGCCGUCGCCGACCAAGAGUGUCAAGGCGCAGCGUGUCCCGCUCGUGGACGUCUCGCCCGUGCGCGCUCGGGCGGCGCUGCGGCCCCACGUACGGUCCGCGCAGCCCUCGCCGGCCGUUCGACGUCCCGCUGACGCAGGCGCUCGCCGCGCUGCCUCCGUGCCGCCGGCCGCCCCCGACUCGCCGCCAAGGGCGCCGCCCCUGCCGGCGGCGCCCGCCGUCGACGAGCCGUCGCUGUCAGAUCUCAGCGCCAACUUGUCCGCCUCCCUGGCCUCCCGAGCCAUGAUGCUCGCGCGGCCCUACCCUACGUCGUGCAUUGAAGUGUCGAGUCUGAAUCCCGUCGCGGCUGCGCGCGCAGCGGCCAUUCUCAAAGUGCACCACCAGUACAUCCAGGAAGGCUACUUGAACGACGAGCCACUCUACCCGCCGCUGCCCGGCGACGACUCGCAGACACUGCCCGCGCUCCUCGAUGCAGCUGAGCAGGCUCUGCGUCCUGCGACGCACCCACUGCGCGCACAGGCUCGCGCGGGCCUCUGGACCAACGAGGCGUGGGCACAGCUCGAUUUCCACUUCCGCGCGCACCUCCGAGCGACGGACACGGCCGACGUCGACGUCGACGUCGACGAGGUGAUUGUGGCGUUCCUCGAAGCACUCGGCCUCGAGCCGGACGACUUGCAGGGCGCCUGGUCGCUUGCGCGCCUGUACGCACGCGUACCUGCGCUGCAGGCGCGCUACCUGCGGGAACGGGAGCUGGACGCCGCCGAGGCGAUGCGCGAGCGCUCGUUCCACUGGCUCUCGCAGCGCACGAAGCGGACCUGCGAUGUGGCCCUUGGCGAGGGCGACGCGCCGGGCACGGACGCAGCGGGGCCGCCGUCCAAGCGUGCGCGCCCCGCCUCGCCCCUCUGGACGCGCCUGUGGGGCUGGGUCGCAGGCCGACCCACGCCGCUCGCCGGCGCGCCGGCGCACGCGCCGUCCCCGGCGCCAGCGCCGNAGCGCCGGUCGUCGCACCCACACGGCCCCGGCCGCGCUCGCGGCUCCCCCGGCCGCGUGCCGGCCUUUCGACGCCUGGGCGCCGAGGCGCGCCGGCGUAGUUCAAUUGGUCCUAGCGCUCACGUAGCCGCCGCCUUGGGGCGCAUAGUCUGA